AUGGAGCAACAUAACAAGGAGGAGCUCAUGCUCUACACAAACGACCUCUGCCGCCUGGCCUCGAAGGCCCACGCUUGGGGUCUCCGUCAGGAGGAAGUCGCGAGGUUCCAGUCCGACAUUGACGCCAUCAAACACCUGGCCACUACGGCCUCCACGUCGGCGGGCUCCACCUCGCCCUUCUCGUCAUCGCCGCCGGCCACGGCCACCGCAGCCUCGAGCGGCUUCCUGUCUUCGACGCUCACGGCCCUCUCGACCAACGCGAGCUCCUUCCUCGGCGGCCAGCAGCACUCGGCGACCACGGACGCGGCCGAGGCGGACCUCAUGGUCAUGAGCGGCGUGGCUGACCUGCACAAGGCCGUGGGCAGUCCGUCGGGGCCGAAGCGCAGGAACCGAGGCAAGAACCUGCCCAAGGACAUCAAGCGUGCGUGCGCCAUCUGCAAGGCCGAGAAGACCAGCCAGUGGCGCUCUGGCGCUGACGGCCGCCCCACCAUGAAGCAGCACCGCCAGUACCUCGCCAGCCAGCAGCUCAGCUCUUCCGCUUCAUCCUCCUCAGGCGAGGCCGUCGCAGAGCAACCGCCGACGGGUGCCAGCGCCCAGACGACCACCACGACCGCCUACAGCCACGAAGUCCUGCUCCAGCAUCUGAUCCGACUCCGCCAUCAACAGCAGCAGCACCUGAGCAAGACCGACUCGACCGACUCCAUAGGCAGCGAGGACGAUUCCCCAUCGCCGGCGUGCUCAUCUUCGCCCGCGGACGCCAUGCCACGACGCUCCAGCAUCUACAGCUUGCUCAACUGA